UUGCUGGUCUCAGCUCUUGUUCCAGCCAACUGGAAGCACCGACCUUCGUAAAUCGUAAGUGCAAAGUGCGUAACCUGCGAGGCUGCGACAGUGCGACCUGCGACCCUGCGUGAAUCGGCCACUCCGGCCAGGCCGCCACUUCGCCAGACGCCAGGGACUACGGCUGAAAAGCGGCUGUCCAGAGAAGACCGCCUCCGCCUCCGGCUCUCCGCCUGCUCUCCGCCUCCGCCUGCUCUCCGCCUGCUCUCCGCCUGCUCUCCGCCUCCUCUCCGCCUGCUCUCCGCCUCCGCCUGCUCUCCGGCUGUCCAGAGGCCCUCCGCCUGCUCUCCGCCUCCGCCUGCUCUCCGCCUCCGCGGCUGUCCAGAGAAGACCGCAAAAUCUGCAAUUUUUAGGCAUCCUCAUGGCUAGAGCUAUAUUUCAGUCAUCAUCUACCAUAUCCUCAUUGGUUGGUGGUCAAAGAUUUGGCCACUUCAAAGGAUCUGUACAAGGGAGAACUGUUAAAGUGGUGUGCAAUUUACAAACACCUUCGUUGAAGCUUAGAGAUUUCCCAGGACUAGGAGCCUGCAAUGUCUUCAAUACAUUGGGUAUAUCUGGACAUGGACUUAACUCCAAGCUAGCUUCAGUAAGCUUUACUAAAAGAAGAGGACGAAGAGAUAGCCGGUUUGUUGUUAAAGCAAUGUUUGAGCGUUUCACGGAAAAGGCUAUUAAAGUUAUUAUGCUUUCCCAAGAGGAGGCUAGACGUCUUGGGCACAAUUUUGUUGGAACUGAACAAAUAUUCCUAGGUCUUAUUGGUGAGGGAACUAGUAUUGCAGCUAAGGUCCUUAAAUCAUCGGGGAUUAGUUUAAAGGAUGCUCGUGUAGAAGUGGAGAAGAUAGUUGGAAGGGGAAGUGGAUUUGUUGGUAUUGAGAUCCCUUUUACCCCUCGGGCAAAGCGUGUACUGGAACUUUCUCUUGAGGAAGCUCGUCACCUAGGCCAUAAUUAUAUUGGAUCAGAGCAUUUGUUGCUUGGGUUGCUUCAUGAAGGUGAAGGUGUGGCUGCUCGUGUUCUUGAAGUAUUGGGUGCUGACACAGGCAGCAUUCGCACACAGGUCAUUCGAAUGAUUGGUGAGAAUGUGGAGGCUGUUCCUGCUAGUGGUGGUGUAAGUACAGGCCAAAGGAUGCCAACUCUAGAGGAAUAUGGUACGAACUUGACCAAGCUGGCGGAGGAGGGAAAAUUGGACCCUGUAGUUGGAAGGCAGGAGCAAGUUGAACGGGUCACUCAAAUACUUGGACGACGUACCAAGAACAAUCCUUGCCUUAUUGGAGAACCAGGUGUUGGCAAAACUGCUAUUGCAGAGGGUUUAGCUCAGCGAAUUGCAAGUGGUGAUGUUCCUGAAACAAUUGAAGGGAAGACGGUUAUAACCCUGGAUAUGGGCCUGCUUGUUGCUGGGACUAAAUACCGUGGGGAGUUUGAGGAAAGGCUGAAAAAGCUAAUGGAAGAGAUUAAACAAAAUGAUGACAUUGUACUUUUCAUUGAUGAAGUGCACACAUUGAUUGGAGCGGGAGCAGCAGAGGGUGCAAUUGAUGCUGCCAACAUUUUGAAACCUGCCCUUGCUCGAGGUGAACUUCAGUGUAUUGGUGCUACCACUCUUGAUGAAUACCGCAAGCAUAUAGAGAAGGAUCCAGCAUUAGAGAGAAGGUUCCAGCCAGUUAAGGUACCUGAACCUACCGUAGAUGAAGCAAUUCAGAUCCUUGGUGGGCUUCGGGAAAGAUAUGAAAUUCACCAUAAGCUUCGCUACACCGAUGAUGCCCUUGUUGCUGCUGCCCAACUUUCACACCAGUACAUCAGUGACCGAUUCCUUCCUGAUAAAGCAAUUGACUUGAUUGAUGAGGCUGGCUCUCGUGUUAGACUUCGCCACGCACAGCUCCCGGAGGAAGCCAAACAGCUUGAGAAAGAAAUGAGGAAGAUAACAAAGCAGAAGAAUGAAGCUGUCCGCAGUCAAGACUUUGAAAAGGCAGGGGAAUUGCGUGACAAAGAAAUGGAUCUUAAGGUGCAGUUGUCAGCCCUAGUAGAGAAGCGAAAAGAGAUGAGCAAAGCUGAGAGCAGUGAUGCCCUAGAUGAUGUGGGUCCGGUUGUGACUGAAGCUGAUAUUCAACACGUUGUUGCCUUGUGGACUGGUAUUCCUGUUGAGAAGGUUUCAACGGAUGAAUCCCACCGCCUCUUGAAAAUGGAAGAAACUCUUCACAAGAGAGUCAUCGGGCAAGAUGAAGCUGUAAUGGCCAUUAGUCGCGCCAUCCGACGUGCCCGUGUUGGGCUCAAGAACCCCAACCGACCCAUAGCCAGUUUCAUAUUUUCUGGUCCUACCGGUGUUGGAAAAUCCGAACUGGCUAAAGCACUGGCCACAUACUACUUCGGUUCUGAAGAAGCGAUGGUCCGUCUCGACAUGAGCGAAUUCAUGGAAAGACACACCGUCUCGAAACUCAUUGGUUCUCCGCCAGGAUACGUCGGUUACACUGAGGGUGGUCAGUUGACUGAGGCGGUCCGUCGAAGACCUUACACCCUCGUUCUCUUUGAUGAGAUAGAGAAAGCCCACCCUGACGUCUUCAACAUGAUGCUUCAAAUCCUCGAGGAUGGAAGGUUGACCGAUAGCAAGGGAAGGACGGUUGACUUCAAGAACACACUAUUGAUCAUGACGUCAAACGUGGGUAGCAGUGUGAUAGAGAAAGGUGGCCGUCGGAUUGGUUUUAAUUUGGAUUACGACGAGAAAGAUGGAAGUUACAACCGGAUCAAGAGCUUGGUGACUGAGGAGCUGAAACAGUACUUUAGACCUGAGUUCUUGAACAGACUGGAUGAUAUGAUUGUGUUCCGUCAGCUGACAAAACUUGAAGUGAAGGAGAUUGCUGAUAUAAUGCUCAAAGAGGUGUUUGAGAGACUGAGGGGACUUGGAAUAGUUCUUCAGGUGACCGAGAGGUUUAGAGAUAGGGUGGUUGACGACGGGUAUAACCCAAGCUAUGGAGCUCGACCACUGAGGAGAGCUAUUAUGAGGUUGUUGGAGGACAGCAUGGCUGAGAAGAUGCUGUCACGUGAGAUCAAAGAAGGCGAUUCGGUUAUUGUGGACGCCGAUUCUGAUGGCAAUGUGACUGUUUUGAAUGGAAGUAGCGGGGUUCUUCCAGAGCAGCCAGCUUCCUCCGAACUUGUUGCCAUCUAGUACACAUUUAUUUAUUUUGCAGGAAGGAACUUUUCAUUUGUUCUCCAGGAGGAAGUAGAGGUUUCAGAGCAGUUUUGCAUUGGUUUCACAUUCUUUACAUUUUGAAUGCUUCUUGGUAAACAGUCUAUUUUUUCCCUCUUGUAGCUAUUGAUACUUCUAGCUUGCUUUGUGAAAGUAGUGUAAUUUGAUUAUCAUAUGAGAUAUCCUUCGUAGAGGCUAUUCAACACCGACUUGUGUGCGACAGUAUCAUAUGUAUACAUUAAGCAGCAAUGCAUUUAAGCUUAAUAAUAGAAAAUAAUAAUUCUGUUUCUUUAAGGUAAACAGCUUG